AUGACGACUGCAGCCACAGAAACAGCACACAUCCCCGUCAUCGACCUCUCAGCUCCGGGGAAGUCCGAACAAGACAUCGCAAAGGAGCUAUGCGAGGCGGCUAUCGAGCACGGGUUUAUAUAUAUUCGGAGCUCCGGGGUGGAUGUUUCUUUGGAGGCUGUGGACAGGGCGUUCCAACUUUCCAAGGAACUCUUUGGCAAGACGUCUGCGGAGGAGAAGGAAAGGUGUAAGAUUUUGAAGAAUAAUAGGGGAUGGAGCGGGAUUCGGAGCGAGACGCUGGAUCCGAAGAAUCAAAAGGUUCCUUCUAGGGCAUUCAACUUUGGCGAGUUCAUAAACGGCAAGGCACAGCAAGUCCUUCCAGACACAAUCUCACCACACGAAGACGAAAUCCACAACUUCUUCCAAAGCUGCGACGCCCUCGCGAGAAGAAUUCUAUAUCUCCUAGGCAUAGGCCUUGAGGUCAACCCACCCGACUUCUUCGCCUCAGCCCACCUCAGAGAAAAAGGUCACUCAGGCACAACCCUCCGCUUCCUGCACUACCCGUCCCUCCAAGGCCUCGACAUCUCCGCCGACGACUCCAUCCGCGCAGGAGCCCACUCCGACUACGGAAGCCUCACACUCCUCUUCCGCCUCCCCAAACAAGCAGGUCUCCAAAUCCUCCCCCACUCCUCUUCCCCCUGGCUCCCUGUACCCGUCCAACCACACGGCACACUCUCCGACCCGUCACCCCCGAUUCUCGUCAACAUCGGCGACUUACUUUCCUACUGGACCGACGGGCUCCUACGCAGCACGAUGCACCGCGUGGCUCUACCCUAUUCUUCUUCGAAAGAGGAAAAGAAUCCAGUGGGUGUUCCGGAGGGUGAGGGGUUUGAGGGGGAUAGGUACUCUAUUGCGUUUUUCUGUCAUCCAGUAGGCACGGCAAGGUUGGAAAGGGUGCCGAGUGAGGUUGUGAGACGGAGGAGGAGGGAGGUUGAAGUAGGGGAUGGCGAUGGCGAAGGGGAGGAAGGGGAGAGGAGGGUAGUUACUGCUGAUGAGCAUUUGCAGAUGAGGUUGCGGGCGAGCUAUUUGGACCUGUAUAAGGAUUAG